GACUUUCUAACGUGUCCAGACCUGACAACGAAGAGCCAAAACCACGUCAGUGUUGAACCAUCGGGGCCACUUCUAAGUGUUUUUAUCAUUAGAUAAUGAUGUUCUCACUUACUGUCUAAUUUUGUCAAAGUUCUGUGCAUUUCGGGCACAAAUCCCAUAGAACAAUCGCGUGUUUUAUUAGGUUAUUGUUACUUAAACAUGUUGUUGUCUGCUGCAUUGGACGGCCGCAGCAGGAGCGGAGCUGUUAUGUCUCAUUAUCAUUUCCAUUAUUUAGUGUUCAUUUGUUUGAAAGCACAAAACAUUCUGGUGUGAUGAUACCUGAUUCACGUCAGCCUAUCCACUGUCUACGUUACCUGGUUCGUGUUUCUCACGUGUGAUGCGGGUGGACACCGCGUCACGUGGACUUAGUGACUCCACAGUGAGGAUAGUGCUGUGUUUGGAGGAUAUUUUGUUAUUAUCUGAUUGUAUUUGUGGUGUUUUUUCUUGUAUAAUACAGUAUUUCUCUGAAUGAGAAACACUGAAAAACAAAGUGGAGUCUUAUUGUGAAGGUCUCGGCCUGGCUCCCUCUGCCGGCGGAUGUGAGUAACAGCAGCAGCGCUGGCGGACCGUGUCUUUCUUCUUCUUCUUCGUCUUCUUCUCCCCCAGCGGCGGCGGCAGCGGCUCCGCUCUGUUUCUAUUCUCAGAAAGACCGCCUCCAUUUUAACGCCGACACCGGGCGGCUCGCAGCGGACUCGGCGGCCGGCGGAGGGACACGCUGCUGCGGGCGGUGCUGUUAAUUCCUCGGGCGUGAAUCAGCCUUUUUUCUGUGGGAUGGCGGCGCUGCGGCAGGACGCGGCCGGGGCGGCGGUGGAUUUGUGAGGAUUUAACGAGUCGUGUUCUGCGGUGUUUUUUGUUGAUUUGGCGGAGGAGAAGAGCAGGAGGGUCGGCUUCGGAUGGUCAGGUACUCUGCCAGGAUGCAGCAGUGAGCAUGCUCAGAGCGCUGUUCGUUACCAUGGCGAUACUCGGUGGCAGCCAGGCGUGCAGCGGUCAGGAGAACUGCUCCGCUCAGAGCGAGUCCAAAGACUACUGUUACUCGGCUCGCAUCCGCAGCACGGUGCUGCAGGGGCUGCCGUUCGGAGGAGUGCCCACCGUGCUCGCCCUCGACUUCAUGUGCUUCCUGGUGCUGCUCUUUGUCUUUUCCAUUCUGCGGAAAGUGGCGUGGGACUACGGCCGCCUGGCGCUGGUCACCGACGCUGACAGACUGAAGAAGCGUUUCAGCGACCUGGAGGAGUGCGAAUACGUUGCCUCGGCGAUGCACUCAGAGACGCCCGACCGAUACGAACGCCUCACCUCCGUCUCCAGCUCCGUCGACUUCGAUCAGAGAGACAACGGCUUCUGCUCGUGGCUGACCGCCAUCUUCAGAAUAAAAGAUGAAGAGAUCAGGGAGAAGUGCGGUGAAGACGCCAUUCACUAUCUGUCCUUCCAGCGUCACAUCAUCGGCCUGCUGGUUGUCAUCUGCGUCCUCUCCGUUGGCAUCGUCCUGCCUGUAAACUUCUCCGGAGACCUGCUGGAAAACAACGCCUACAGCUUCGGACGCACCACGAUAGGCAACCUGAAGUCCGGGACGAAUCUGCUGUGGCUGCACACUUCGUUUGCCUUCAUGUAUCUUCUCCUGACCGUCUACAGCAUGAGGAGACACACGUCCAAAAUGCACUACAAGGAGGACGACCUGGUGAAGCGCACUUUAUUCAUUAACGGCAUCUCUAAAUACGCCGAGGAGACUCAAAUCAAACAGCACUUUGAGCAGGCGUAUGAGAACUGCAUCGUCCUCGAGGCUCGAAUCUGCUACAACGUGGCCAAACUGAUGGCUCUGAAUGCUGAGAGGAAGAAGACUGAGCGCAGUAAGAAGUUCUUCACCGACCUGAUGGCGAAGGAACACGUACCCACCAUGAUCAACCCCAAACCCUGUGGACACCUCUGCUGCUGCGCCAUCGCCGGCUGUGAGGAGGAGGAGGCGGUCAGCUACUACACCAAGAGGGAGGCCAAGCUGAAGGAGGAGUACAGGAAGGAGAAGGAGAAGGUCCACACCAAGCCGCUGGGCAUGGCCUUCGUCACCUUCCAGAAUGAGGCCAUGACGGCCAUUAUUUUGAAGGACUUCAACGCUUGUCAAGUUCAGGGUUGUCGGUGUCGUCAGGAGCCACAGUCCUCUCAGUUCAGCGAAGUUCUCCACGUUCACAACUGGAGCGUUUCAUACGCACCCGACCCACAGAACGUCCGCUGGGAACACCUGUCGCUGGGCGGGAUCUCCUGGUGGAUCCGCUGCUUCAUCAUCAACUGCAUCCUUUUCAUCCUGCUCUUCUUCCUCACCACGCCUGCCAUCAUCAUCUCCACCAUGGACAAGUUCAACGUCACCAAGCCUGUCGAGUAUCUCAACAACCCCAUCGUCACCCAGUUCUUCCCCACUCUGCUGCUCUGGGCUUUCUCUGCUCUGCUGCCCACCAUCGUCUACUACUCCGCCUUCUUCGAGGCUCACUGGACCAGGUCUGGAGAAAACAGGACGACGAUGCACAAGUGUUACACCUUCCUGAUCUUUAUGGUUCUGCUGCUGCCAUCUCUCGGACUCAGCAGUCUGGAUGUCUUCUUCCGCUGGCUCUUUGAUAAGAAGUUCCUGGCUGAUGCCAAAGUCAGAUUUGAGUGCGUCUUCCUGCCAGAUAAUGGAGCGUUCUUCGUCAACUACGUCAUCGCCUCUGCAUUCAUCGGGAACGCCAUGGACCUGCUGAGGAUCCCCGGUCUGCUCAUGUACAUGAUCCGGCUGUGCCUGGCUCGCUCUGCCGCCGACCGCCGCAACGUCAAGAGGCACCAGGCCUAUGAGUUUCAGUUUGGAGCGGCAUACGCCUGGAUGAUGAACGUCUUCACGGUGGUGAUGGCCUACAGCAUCACCUGCCCCAUCAUCGUUCCCUUUGGUCUGAUGUACAUGCUGCUGAAACACCUGGUGGACCGGUACAACAUGUACUAUGCCUACCUGCCCUCCAAACUGGACAAGAAGAUCCACUCCGGAGCCGUCACCCAGGUGGUGGCUGCUCCCAUCCUCUGCCUCUUCUGGCUGCUCUUCUUCUCAACAGUACGCACAGGUUUCGAGACGCCGACCUCCAUGUUUACUCUGGUGGUGCUGAUCGUCACCAUCGUGGUCUGUCUGUCUCACGUCUGUUUCGGCCACUUCAAGUAUCUCAGCGCUCACAACUACAAGAUCGACACCAAGGAGACCGAUGGGGACACUAUCGAGAACGGGCGUCCAACUCGUCCCUCGUCCUCCCCCAGCACUAAGUCUCAGCAGCAGCAGCAGCAGCAGCACCAGCAGCAGCAGCAGAUGUACAUCGCCCAGGUGCUCCAGGACCCGAAUUCAGAUGAGCCGGGUGGCGGCAGCGGCGAGGAGGACCGAGGGUCUUCCCAGGACGAGGAGAUGCUGAACGGUGGGAACAGCAUCAAUGAGGCGGAUUUUCAGUCAGGGGAGGACAGUCUGAUCGCCAACGAGGUCCACCAGUAGCGGGAGGCGGAGCUAGAGGGGAGGUGGAGCUAGUUGAGGGUCCAUACCCACACACAGUUAACAAAUAAAACUGACUGGUGUAUCACUACACAUACGGACACGCACAGACUGACUGACACGGUUAGCUCCACCCCCUCCCAGCUUGAAGACUUGACCCUGACCUUUGACGCCGGCGCCAGGUUGCCAACAUCCGGUCCUGCACGUCUGUGGAAACUUGAUGAACAUCGAAAUGUCACCACAGGAAGUCACUGUACAUAACCACAAAGCCAAAAGUUUUUCCUUUGUUUUCUUGGGGGAGGGGACAGGAUUUAAAAAUUUGUGCCUGGGCUGGAUUUUGUUUGUUCGCACUCGUGUCUUGACGCCUGAUCCCACCUCGGGUCGCCGGUACUCGACCUGUUAAGGGGUCAAACCUGACGCAGACACGUCUUCUUCCUCAGCCUGAUGCACUCCUCCGAAUGAACGCCAGCCAUUACCGCCGUCCUCCGACAUCGGAGUGCUGAAUAAGUCGCCAACGCCAGCUCUCGUAGAGGUAGAAGCCUUGCUUAUGCAGACACAUCGCGGUCUCCCUUCUCUGUUUGCCGUCCUUCUGUUUGUGAGGCCUGUGGGUCACCUGGAAGUUUUGGGUUUCUUUGACCUGCCAAGCUUUCACUGCAUGUUGCUCAAAGUGAUGUCUGGAUAUUUGAGCGCGCCACCUUCGGACGAUGUCAUCCAUUACGCGACUGUAGUGGCCAAUGAACUCGUCAGAUCGCCACGCCGGUCUCAGCAGCACUCGGCAGAGUUCAGCUCCACGUUCUGCUCUCCUUGACUGAUGAACCACUGGACUCAACACGAGAAGACUUUUCUUUUCUGGUUUCGAUUUCACCUGAACUACCUUAAAUCAUGACACCUGACAAAGGGAACAAGAUGUUUGUGUCUGUGUAGGUUUAGCAGUCAGGACUUUGUGAAGACGUUCUGACACUUGCAGCAGUCGUGUAGUUUGAGCUCGGGUGGACGCAGAAGAGCGGCGCUUUUCGUCCGGACGGUCUGCCCUCCACGCCUGAAGCUGUCAGGACUCUCAAGGGAAAAUGUUUUCUGUUUGUGUGUGUUUUGAAGUGUGCGUGCGUGUGUCCAGUAGCUUGUUGUGCACCGAUCCGCGUCAUGAAGCGUUCCACAUCACCAGGUAACCAAACACACAGCAGCAUCUGUUCCCGUACUGUGCAAUUAGUCCAACAAAAGGACAAAAGGUUUCCCUUUCACUUUGGUACACAGGUUUGACGUUCAAGUCUUCUGCAGACUUCAGCAGAGUCAGAUCUGCAGUACUUUUACUGCAGUACUGCUGCAGGUGGAGCCUAAAUGGUCGCGACUUGGAGAUUUAGUCUGACCCACCCUGCUCAGUCUUGCCCUGAUAUUCCGACCCUGAUCUCAGUCCUCCCGCCCCAACCCAACCAACGAUAGCUAAGAGUACUGGUCAGUUUAAAGAAAGACGGGACAUGGUGUCCGGGGCUCGUUUAGCCUAGCUUAGCACAGUCAGUGGAAGCAGAGUGACGCUGUUAGCCUCGCGCCAUCAAAGAGGGGCCACCCUCAAACAAAUCGAGGUCUGUCAUUGCAUUCUCUCAUUAGUAUCCAUCUGUGCCUCCAAAUGCAAGCUAUUGUUUCAGUGGAGGCUAAGACUGAAGUACUAGCGGGGGGUUAGCUUCCAGGUCCUGACUCACUUAUGGGUCGAACCAAAUAUCUAAAAAGCACAGCUGAAUUUCACACCAACUUCCAAGGUGAUUUCUCUCUCUCUCUUCUGAUGAAGCUGGGCUAGCAGUUUCCCCCUGCUUCCAGUGUUUGUGCUAAGCUAGUCCAAACAUUUAAGCUCUUAACUCCGGCGUCACAUGAAAAUAAAGCUUCAGCUGUGGCUCUGAUGUAGGAUACCUUCACGUAUGGCAGGAGGGUCGGUCAUCACUUUCCCGAGAUCCUCGUGGCGUCUGAUGAUGUGUGCCAGCCGGGGUUCUUUCUGCUGAUUGGAGGGUUUUUUAAAUGGCCUGCCGCUGCGUCCUCAUGCUAAAACACGCUAACUGUUCAUCACGUGGCUUCAUUCUCCUGAUCGCUGGUUUCAGGUCAGUUCAGUGAUAAUCAAAUUUUAAGUGACUUGUUAAGUUUUUAAAGGACACCCGUAAGCCAAUCAGAAUCUGGUGUUUUCCAGGUAGUUUCUACAGCAUAAAUGUGUUCUUUUAACUUAGCGUUCAGGUGUGCAGGAUGGUUAAAUUGCGUUCGUCAGGGGGCUGACUCCUCUCAGUCCCAGCAUGCACUUCACAGUCAGCACACACAGCAUCAGAACUGCUCCUUUAUUUCACCCACCAUUUGACUAAAGAAGCUUCGUAUUUCUACCUGGUGACCUUCAAAUUGCCUUAGCAACAGGAACAGGAAGUCAGCCCGACUGGCAGUGACAUCAUCAGGAAGUGAAGAGUUUAAAAAAACAAGCUUUUCAAACAUUUCAGUGCGGCGAAGUGACAACGACACAAUAGUCUCAGGUGUUUGUUUUCCUAAGAUGUUUACAUCAGCUUCUGUUGCUCAUUUUGAUUUUGUCAUGUUCUGCAGUGUGUGUGUGUGUGUGAGUGUGUGUGGACACAGAGCUGGACUAUGAAAGCUGUAGCCACCAGGACAUUAGUCGUAGUCUUCGUCGGCUGGUGGCAACACGCUGGAGAACCCGCAGCCUUUGUGUCCAGAUGAUUUCUGAAUUUGGUUCUCGGUUCUUCACCUCCAGCAGAGGAUCUGCUGUCAGGCGCUCCAGUCGUGAUUGUACGCACAUGAAAGAUAAAACUGAAAGAGAGCUCAAAGGAUCCGGAUCCGAGGUCCGAGAACGGAGCCUGAGCUCAGCAGCUCUCAGGCCGAGGAGGCGCCAGGCGUUCGCGUGGCGGCUGCUCGUUACUUUUCGCUCUGUUAGAAUACAAAAGCUCAGAUUCAGUUGGUUUCAUCUCGUAACCCUAAAAUAAACACGUGAUCAUCAUGUGGUCUCCAGGCUGAGAAGAAACCACCUGAUCAGUAAGUCCUGAUUGAGGUUCACUCUUCUUGUAGAGUUGAUGUUGAGACCAUUAGGCUCAGUGUUGAUCACUGCUGCAUGACAGUCCCAUCAGUAGAAACCACAGUGACUUUAAAUAAUGUGAAAACUAGAACCUCGGUGUGGUUCCUUCUGUUCUGCUCUUCAGUCUCCUGGAUCAGCACUGACUGACUGGAGCGAUGAUCAGGCUGAUGAGUCGCGUCAUGAGAUGAAGCUCAGCGCGUAACAAAGCACUCCUGAGCUGCGGAUAACGAAACCCCCGUUUGGCGGAAACCUGAACGGCUCGACGGGUUCUUUAAAACCCGCCAGCCUUCAUGUUCCUGUCACAGCUUCUCCCAGUCUGAAGCUGACCAAACGAUCUCACGAUGAGGUCUGCUCGGCGCCUGCUCCGGAGGUCUUCGUCCGAUCUCCAUCAGCAGGUGGAGUCAAACCGUAGAUGUUCAAACUACCUUUUUAUUCUCAGGUCCAUUUGGACUCCAGUCGGCGUUUCAUCUGUCGGUGAAACCCACUGAGGUGUGUUCGAAAACGCGUCACCACGCGGGUCAAAGGUCGACUGAAGAGCUGAACUGAAGGCCGAGAGCUGCUGCGUUCACUGACCCCUGAGUGUCGCGGGAACUUUCUCAUUAAAAACUGGUCUGUGUGAUAUUUUUGUAAGCUGCUGACUGAAGUAUUUGAUACUGAACACGUAUUAAAGAUAGCUGUGACGAUGCUGUUGUAACAUGUAACUAAAAGUUUUUAAUAAUCAGCCGCUACUUUUUGCUUUUCUUAGUUUUUUAAAUUGUUGCUCAACUUACUGAGGUUGUAAAAAUGUGAAGUGAAGACAGACGAGUGUGAAACAAACGUCGGCUACUGGAAAUGAAAACCGUGUGUGUAAAAUAAAAUGUGUGUAAAUAGCCAUGAAACUGCACUGUCGUCGUCGCAGACGGACACGACUCGGCGUCUCCUCUCACAGAACUAACAGGCUGUCGGUCCGUUUCAGGCUUUAAGUUAUUGCUGUGUCACUAUUUAUUUUCACUUUGGGUUACAGGUUGUAUGUACAGUGAAACAUUUGUCCUGUUAAUGUUACUUGAUCAAUAAAAUUGGCUUUCAUCUGUCGA